AAAAAGGAGAGACGAGGAUUGAGGUUGACUGACUGCAUUUUAGAUAGACAACGCGCCAUUCGUUGCGCUCUUCAACAUCCACCUGUCCUUUACUCUCAACUUCAACUCUCUCUCUCUCUUAUGGACACAGAUUUCUCGCGUAAAUCCAAGCGCCGAACAGCGACAGAACCCAAUCAAUUAUAGUCUCUCUUGCCCUCGACAUUUAUCUAGAUUUUCUUCAACAAUGAUCUCGCUGAACAGUUGCAACUCAUCCGUAAUGAACAAACCCUCCAGUUUUUGUGGUACAUACAGCUUCUUCAACUCCUCUGGGUCUCAUCAGAGAAAGGGCUUUGGUCCUCCUGUGGUCGUAGCAGCUGUUGGCCCCAACGGGCCGAUUGGAGGGGAAGGAGGAGGGGCAGAGGUGAAGAAGAAGACCAAGACUAGAAGAAUGGAGAGCACGUUGAAGGAUAUGAGAGACGGAGCUUCGGUGCUGGAAAUGGACCCCAAGUCCACCGCCGGCGGCGGCGUUGAGGACGUGUACGGCGAGGAUCGCGCCACCGAGGACCAGCUCGUCACCCCCUGGACUUUCUCCGUCGCCAGUGGCUAUACUUUGUUAAGGGACCCUCAUCAUAACAAAGGGCUUGCUUUCACUGAAAAAGAGAGGGAUGCUCACUAUUUGCGUGGUCUUCUACCUCCGGCUGUUGUGACUCAACCGCUUCAGGAGAAGAAGUUGAUGCAUAAUCUCCGCGGGUAUCAAGUUCCACUCCAGAGAUACAUGGCCUUGAUGGACCUCAUGGAAAGGAAUGAAAGGCUGUUCUACAGGCUUCUCAUUGAUAAUGUUGAGGAAUUGCUCCCAAUUGUCUACACUCCAACUGUUGGUGAGGCUUGCCAGAAAUAUGGGUCUAUCUUCAGGCACCCCCAGGGUCUUUACAUAAGUUUGAAAGAGAAGGGGAAGAUUCUUGAGGUAUUGAAGAACUGGCCAGAGAGGAGUAUUCAAGUUAUUGUUGUGACUGAUGGCGAGCGAAUUUUGGGACUUGGGGAUCUUGGCUGCCAGGGGAUGGGAAUCCCUGUUGGGAAGUUGGCUCUAUAUACAGCUCUUGGUGGAGUUCGUCCUUCUGCAUGUUUGCCUGUAACCAUUGAUGUUGGGACAAACAAUGAGCAGUUAUUGAAGGAUGAGUUCUAUAUUGGGCUUAGACAACGGAGGGCAACUGGGCAGGAGUACUCUGAACUUUUGCACGAGUUCAUGUGUGCUGUCAAGCAGAACUAUGGUGAGAAGGUUCUUAUACAGUUUGAGGACUUUGCAAACCACAAUGCCUUUGAGCUGCUUGCAAAAUAUGGCACUACUCAUCUCGUCUUUAAUGAUGAUAUUCAGGGGACAGCAGCCGUGGUUCUUGCUGGGCUAGUAGCUGCGCUGAAAUUAGUCGGUGGUACUUUGGCUGAGCACACUUUCUUGUUUCUUGGUGCUGGGGAAGCUGGGACAGGAAUAGCAGAGCUUAUAGCUCUUGAGAUGUCCAAGCAGACAAAGGCUCCUGUGGAAGAGACCCGCAAAAAGAUCUGGCUGGUGGACUCAAAGGGAUUGAUUGUUAGUUCUCGCAAAGAAUCUCUUCAGCCUUUCAAGAAGCCAUGGGCUCAUGAACAUGAACUUGUUAAUGAUCUCUUGGCAGCUGUCAAGGCAAUUAAGCCCACAGUUUUGAUUGGAUCAUCUGGAGUAGGAAGGACAUUUACAAAGGAGGUGAUCGAAGCAAUGGCAUCCUUCAAUGAGAAACCUCUCAUCAUGGCUCUCUCCAACCCGACAUCACAAUCUGAAUGUACUGCUGAAGAGGCUUACAAUUGGAGUAAGGGCCGUGCAAUUUUUGCUAGUGGGAGUCCAUUUGAUCCUGUUGAAUACAAUGGAAAAGUUUUUGUUCCUGGCCAGUCCAACAAUGCUUACAUUUUCCCUGGACUUGGCUUGGGUUUGGUCAUCUCUGGUGCUAUUCGUGUGCAUGAUGAAAUGCUUCUGGCAGCCUCUGAAGUCUUAGCUCAGCAGGUGACGCCUGAGAACUUUGAUAAGGGGUUGAUUUACCCACCAUUUUUCAAUAUCAGAAAAAUAUCAGCCCAUAUUGCUGCUAAUGUAGCUUCUAAAGCAUAUGAACUUGGCUUGGCUACACGUCUUCCUCGGCCUGAGAAUCUUGUGAAAUAUGCUGAGAGUUGCAUGUACACUCCUCUCUAUCGAAGUUACAGAUGAAUGGUCAGUCAACAACCUAUUUUGCUCCUUUUAUUUUAAAGUGUCACCACAGUUUUCAGACUAUGGAUCCACAGAACUUUGUUUUAAUGCAAAAAAAAGGUCUUCCUGAACUUUGAAGACAACAAAGUUUUUAGUUAUCAGGGAGCCUGUGAAUAAAUAACAAAGAGAAACUCCUUACAUCUCUCCACCAGCAUUUGUAAUUUUCUAGUAAACUUCCCUUGUGUAUUCUCUCUCUCUUUCAUAGAUCCUGUAUGUGCGUGUGAAGUAUAUUCUUGGGGACUGAUAUGAGAUGAAGUUUACUGUUUGAGCUGUAAGA